UGUAACUUUGAAUGUACUGUAUGAUUGAGGUGACAAAAAAAUGUUCCCGCAAUAUUAUGUUCGUAAUUUGUGCCUUAUUUGUAACUAGGAUAUUGUUUAGAAUGAUAAAGGUCAUACUUAAAGAAAGAUCCCUCGGAUAAAAAAAUUGGUAUUCCAAGAAUAACAGACCCACAAAUCUCGGAGUGCCUUUCGCGGAAGUGAUAUACAAGUAAACAACUGCAUCGACCUAGAUAACGUAACACUCUGAUGUCGUAUAUGUACAGAUAAAAAUCUAUCGAAAUAUGCUGAAGGUCAUAGUGCAAGUCAAUGGCACGACAACGACCGUCCUUGAAAAGUUAUAUUAGUGUUAACGAUGAAGAUGAGUAUAAAGAAAAGAUAUGUGAUGCAAGUAGUGAUAAUGGUCACGACAACAAUGGUGUAGAGGAAAAAUUAAUGAAUGAUGAUGUUUUUGACACUGGUGACGAAUCUAAUGAAACUAGCGAUGAUAAAAAGAAAACGACAAGAACGUGGACGCUGAUAUCAAAAAGUAAAAAAAAGUUUUUUAUUGCUGCUGUUAUUGUGGUUGUUUUAAUCAUAUUAAUUGGUGUGGUCAUUCGUAAGUCAACAGAAAAUGACAGUGGACAGAGAAUAUCUUUAGCACAAAAUGGCAAACAGUCAGUAAACAUGCAUAAACAGUCAGAAUAUUGUCUUUUCUAUAAAAAGGAAGAGUCCUAUACUAGCAAAUCAAAUCCACUUAAAGAAAGAUGUGAACCAGGAUCUCAGUAUGUGAGGAAUCGUUGCCCAGCCAAUGCCUCACACCAUUUUUGUCGUGACUGUAAUGGACAGCUUUUGCCAAAUUCCUGCUUUUGUGACAUUGGCCAACAGUGCAACAACGGUGAUGCACCGAGGAAACAGACAUGUUCAUGGUGCAAAGAUAAUUGUCCAUGUUUGCAUAAUGGAACGUGUAUCUGUGACAAGACAGGUGAUGGCCUUUAUUGCAAAUGUCCAGCAGGAUAUAAUGGCACAUAUUGUGAAAAUAUACCGGUUCGCAUAUGCAAAAAGGAUCAAGUUACAACAGAAUUAGAGCACUGUAAGAAAAGCAGGAAUGAAACAUGUUUUAUAGAUUUCCAGGAUAUGUCAAAACUAAAGUGUACAUUAUUAAAAGAAGUGGACAAAUCAAUUGCGAACUGCAGCUCUAACAACAUGGAAAUAACGACAUCAACAAAGUAACAAAUAGUAUCUGCAAAUAAAAAUGACGGAAAUUGUUUUCUAGUAUGUUUUGAAUUGAUCGUCAUAUUUUUGUGGAUUGAGUUUUGUAAAAGUUAUGUUCUUUAAAACAACUGAACUAUAUUUGAAUGUAUUCUUUAUUUGAAGUGAGUCAUAACAUGCUUAUAUCUUUUUUCUGUAAUUAUGAUUUUUAACAUUUUCGUCUUCAGAUCAUAUUUAAAUCGAGCAUAAUACACUCUGUAUAGAAGAUUCUUUUAUGUAUUAAUUUCAUUAUGAUCACAAACGCUUAACUUAAAUUCUCAUUGAAUCUGCAUGUUUGUUAAGUUUUUCAUGAAUCUUUACAGAACUGGUGCAUCUGGAGACCAUCUACUAGGAUUUUUCGUUUUGUAUUCAUUAGAUACCAUACAUGCUGGCAUAAACUUAAAAUUGAUUAAAUUUGAUAUUACCUGUCAUAACUGGACGAAAAUAUGCAGAAAUAGUGUACAUUAUAACUUCCCAUGUUGUUCCCUGUAAAUUCCACUAGAAGAAUGAAUUAUUUAAAGUGCAAUACAAAUUAUGUAUCGUCAAAGAUUUUUCUGUCAGAAAAGGGAAGCAACGAUUUUAAUAGCAUUUUUUUUUGAUUUUUUUGUUGAAUAGUUGAAUAACUUAACAAUGUCAUUGGCAAUCACUUUUAAUACUAGUAGAGUCCUGGGGUGCCUAUGGUGACUGUAUACCGGGUGUCAUAUAAAGAAGUGUGUAAGAUUUGAUUAAAAAAAUAACAUAAUUAGUUUAUAAUCUGCAAAACUCAUGAUGUCUUAUUACUAUAUAAUAGCAUGUAAAAGAAUAUAACAUAAAUGGACCGUUUUGUAAAUAAACCGAAAGGCGUUUAUGUGCAAUCAAGAUUAAUUAUCAACACUUAUUUAAGAAUUUAUGAUUUCUCUAUGCUUUAAACAUGUCUGUUAGUGCUUUAUACUAUUGUAUACGAAAUGUUAAUGUUGAUAUUUGAUCAAAUAAAUCUAUUUAUCUA